ACAAAUAUUCGACCAACGAGAAAAAGAAGGAUAGAGAGAGAAAUUAUGUUUCAAUCUCCAAGCAAGAAGAGAUGGAACGUUUCAUCAUCAGCUUCAUCUUAUAGAGAGACAAUAGUACUUGGAAGAUACAGCAAGAGUUGCAGAGAGCAGAAGCAACAACGAAGAAGACGAACAUCUAUGGGGGAGAGACUCUUGCCAAAGUGGAAAGUUCUGUUGAGGAAACUCAAGUUGUUGCCUUCUCCUUCUUCUUCUUCUGCCAUAAAGGUCGUGGCUUAUGAACUUUACGAUUACUCUUUGAAUUUCGAUCAAGGGCCAGGAUGGCACGAUCACGAUGAGCCCGAGAAUCUUGCUAGGUCUUUUUCUUCUCGGUUCGCUGAUCCUUCCCGGAUGCGAGCCACACGCUUGCUCUUGUAUUAAGUUUACUUUUCUUAUUCUUUCCAUCAAUUUUUUGUUUGUUUUUUUGGGCACUUAGCACUGUACAAAAAGAAAAAAAUGGCGCUUAGCAUUGUAAAAAAUGAAAAAAUUGUUAAUGCAGUUUCUUAUAUAACCAUA